AUGUCCGUUGUAAACGCAUUUGAGACGAGCAAAAUUGUUCCUGAUGUUAUCCCGUCAGCGCCAACCGCUUUAAUUGGGUUGAAAUACCCAAGCGGUGCCGAAGCUAAGCUCGGCAAUGAGUUAACUCCAACCCAAGUAAAAGACCAGCCUACCGUCACCUUCGACGCUGAUCCUAAAGCUUACUACACUCUUAUUUUUACUGAUCCCGACAACUACGAUGGCCCGGAACAAGUGUACCGGGAGUGGCACCACUGGCUAGUUGUAAACAUUCCCGGAAACGACGUUACGGCUGGCGAAGUUCUGUCCGGCUACAUCGGCUCCGGACCACCGGAAGGCACUGGCAUCCACCGUUACGUUUACAUUCUGUACAAGCAGCCCGGAAAACUCACCUUUGAUGAGACGAAACUGACCAACAAGUCAAUCGAAGGUCGCGCCGCGUUCUCAACAAAGAAGUUUGCGGAGAAGUACAAUCUCGGCGCGCCCGUCGCUGGCAACUUCUACCGCGCCCAGUUCGACGACUAUGUGCCCCAGCUUUACAAGAGCUUGGGAGCUUGA